AUGGCACAACCGAUCCCGCAGCCCAAAGGCCUGCCGCUGGUGGGCAACCUGUUUGACGUCAAGGCCAGCAACACGUGGACGUCGCUCAAGACGCUGGCCGAGGAGCAUGGCGAAAUCUUCCAGAUCAAAGUGUUUGGGCGGGCAAUUGUGUUUGUGGCGAGUGCGGCGCUGGCCGAGGAGCUGUGCGACGAGAAGCGCUUCCGCAAGUACGUUGGCGGGCCCGUCGUCCAGAUCCGCGCCGCCGUGAACGACGCCCUCUUCACGGCCUACGAUAACGAGGCCAGCUGGGGCAUCGCGCACCGCAUCAUCGCGCCGCACCUCACGCCCAGCGCGCUGACGCAGUGGCACGGCGAGAUGCGCGCCACGGCGGAGGAGAUGAUGGAUGGUUGGAUCAAAGGUGGCGGAGGAGGAGGAGGAGGAGGCGUGGUGAUUUCGCCGUUUGAGCAACUCGCACGGCUGAACCUCGAAACGACGACGCUGACGCUCUACGGCAAGAAGCUGGGCGGGCUGACGGGGCCGGAGCACCCGAUGCUGCAAGCCAUGGAGGACUCGACGGCCGAGGCGGUGAUGAGGCCGACACGGCUGCCCAUUGUCAACACGCUGCUGUACGGUCGCAAAUUCAGCCGCGCCAUCGCGGUGAUGCGCGAGUACGCGGCCGACGUGGUGCAGUACAGGCGGGACAACCCGACCGACCGCCAAGACGUGCUCGCGGCGAUGCUGACCGCCAAAGACCCCGUCACCGGCACGGCGCUGACCGACUCGCAGGUCAUUGACGAGGUGGUGUCGAUGCCCAUCGGCAGCAGCACGGCGCCGUGCUUGCUCGCCACGGCGCUGUACCUGCUCCUGCGAAGCCCGUCGGCCGCGCGGCGCGCCCGCGACGAGAUUGACGCCGUGACGGGCGGCGCGGCGGCGCCAAUUGAGCACGGGCACGUCGCACGGCUCGAGUACGUCGGCGCCAUCGUUCACGAGGCGCUGCGGCUGUCCUUUGCGGCGCCGGGCUACAACAUUGAGCCCGUGCCGUCGGCGGACAAGGCGCCCGUGCUGCUCGCGGGCGGCAAGUACCAGGUCGCGCACGACCAGGCCAUGAUCCUCGUCAUGGCCGGCAUCAACCGCGACCCGGCCGUCUUUGAAGACCCCCUGGCGUUCCGCCCGGAGCGCAUGCUCGGUGAGGCGUUUGAAAAGCUGCCGGCGGGGGCCAAGAAGUGGUUCGGCAACGGCAAGAGGGAGUGCAUCGGGAAAGAGUACGCGUGGCACUGGAGCGUUCUGGUGCUGGCGAUGAUGCUGCAGAAGAUUGAUUUUGAGGCGGCGGAUGCAGGAUACGUGCUGGAGAGGGACGGCUGGUUCAACUACAGGCCGGUUGGGUUCAAGGUCAAGGUCAAGGCGAGAGCUUAG